AUGUCCUCAGCGGCGGCGGCGGCGGGGCUCCUGGCCGGCCGGAGGGCCGGCGGCCGGCGGCGGGGAGCGGGGUCCUGGGGCCGCCGCCGCUACUCGUCGGCUCCCGGGGGCGGGGAGGAGACAGGAGGCGGGGUCUGGGGCGGGGACGGGGCGGCGGGGCGUGUCCGGGAGGCGGGGGCCUCCGGACGCUUGGACCGGGGGUGGAAGGCGGGGCUUUGUCGAGGCGCGGGCCGGGAGGCCCAGGCCCUUUUCCAAAUUUCAGGAGCCGGCGGUUUGCGCUCGGAGGCACCCGGAGGGGCUUGGAUGUCCAUACACGUGUCCGUACGGAGCAGAAUGCCUUUAUUAGACUCCCACUGCGUGCUCUUAGAGGCUCGGGAGAGCAAAGUUAGACCCACCGAGUCUGGGGAAUUAAGCGUCUCUUUUGCAAGGCUUCCAAGGGACGCUAUUCCCUCUCCAAGCGUUGCAGCAAAUCCCCAGGAGGGCUUAGCUCUGGGUAUUGUAGUUGCCACUUCCAAAGACUCACCUGGUGAAGGAGAUCGGGUUACCUACCUGCUCGGGCUCUUUUUCCAGCAGCAGAGCAAAGCCUCUUUCCCACUAGAUACAAAUUAGGACAACAGACAUUGUUGGGAUCUUUGGAGACAGACUCUGAGAUGGGAGUCAACAUAGAGGAAGAGGAUCCAAGAGAUGGAGAGAGUGAACCUGGUCUUGAUUAGCUCAUGUGAGACCCUGUAUUGAGCCAUUCUGAAAACCAGCACUCAGUGUGGGUCAGGUUUUCAGUCACUUGCCCACAGCAUCCUGACUACCUCAUGCAGGAAGCCAACUCUACCUGCUAGACAUUGCCAUCAGCAUCAGUCACUGGUCCCAGGUAAAUCAUGACUGAGGAAGUGAAGCAUUG